GCGUUCAGAGGAGGAGGAAGAACAGACAGCAGCAGACCCUGUACAGUGCAGGCGACAAUUCCUCCACUUGCUGGUGGCCACCUGCAAGGAAAAAUUAAUCUCUUCUCACCGCAAAAUUACUAGUAUUCUUUUUUUUUUUGAUUCCUCCCCUCCAAGGCUGAAAGGUCUCCACUAUGAGUCGGAUCUAACACCUUCCGGAGAGGAACGAGGAAUAUACCAAGGCUCGUCUUCCCCUUUGGUGGAUGUGGACACCUACAGACCGUGGACAUGGACAAGAUAGUGAAUUUAUCCGUUUCGGUCCUGCUGGUUUUAUGGGGAUGCGCGCUCGGAGGCUCGCCCAGUGUCCAGAUCGGGGGACUCUUUCCGAGGGGCGCGGACCAAGAGUACAGCGCGUUUCGGAUAGGAAUGGUUCAGUUUGGCACUUCGGAAUUCAGACUGACGCCUCACAUCGACAAUCUGGAAGUGGCGAACAGUUUCGCCGUGACCAACUGUUUCUGUUCGCAGUUCUCCAGAGGAGUGUACGCCAUCUUCGGGUUCUACGACAAGAAGUCCGUCAACACCAUCACGUCAUUCUGUGGCACGCUCCACGUCUCCUUCAUCACGCCCAGCUUCCCCCUGGACGGGAAUCAGCAGUUCAUCAUCCAGAUGAGACCGGAUAUCAAGGGGCCACUCCUCAGCCUCAUCGAGUACUACAAGUGGGACAAGUUUGCCUAUCUGUAUGACAGCGAUCGAGGCCUGACGACGCUACAGGUUGUCCUGGACAUGGCGGCGGAGAAGAAGUGGCAGGUGACGGCCAUCAACGUGGGCAACCUGAAGGACGAGAGGAAGGACGAGGCCUACCGCUCGCUCUUCCAAGACCUGGAGAACAAGAAGGAGAGGCGAGUGAUCCUGGACUGUGAACAGGACAAAGUCAAAGACAUCAUGGACCAGGUCAUCACAAUUGGCAGACAUGUUAAAGGCUACCACUACAUUAUAGCCAAUCUGGGAUUCAUUGAUGGAGAUCUGACCAAAAUCCAGUAUGGCGGUGCCAAUGUUUCGGGCUUUCAGAUUGUUGACUUUGAGGAUCCUCUGGUGUCCAAGUUUGACCAGAGGUGGGAAGCCCUGGAGGAAAAGGAGUAUCCCGGUGCUGACAGUAAAAUAAGGUACACAUCUGCGUUGACCUACGACGCCGUGCAGGUGAUGACGGAGGCUUUCCGCUACCUGCACAAGCAGCGCAUCGACUUCACCAGGAGGGCCAACAACGGCGACUGCCUGGCCAACCCUGCUGUGCCCUGGGCUCAGGGUGUGGAGAUCGAGCGAGCACUGAAACAGGUCCGUGUGGAAGGCUUGACGGGAAACAUCCAGUUUGAUCAACACGGCAAGAGAGUCAACUACUCUGUGAAUGUGAUGGAACUGAAGACUAAUGGUCCCGUAAAGAUUGGAUACUGGAAUGAGGUGGACAGAAUGGCUGUUACCAAAUCUGAUGUGUUCGCAAAUGAAUCAACAGGAAUGGAAAACAAAACCGUUAUAGUCACCACCAUCUUGGAAGCUCCCUAUGUAAUGCUGAAAAAGAACGCUGACCUUUUCGUAGACAAUGACCGCUACGAGGGAUACUGUGUCGAUCUGGCGGCGGAGAUAGCGAAACACUGCGGCUUCAAAUAUCAAUUGAAAAUAGUGGGGGAUGGGAAAUAUGGAGCCCGAGAUGCCGAGACCAAAAUCUGGAAUGGGAUGGUGGGAGAGUUGGUGUAUGGGAAAGCAGACAUUGCCGUGGCUCCCCUGACCAUCACUUUGGUACGAGAGGAGGUGAUCGACUUCUCCAAGCCCUUCAUGUCUCUGGGGAUCUCCAUCAUGAUAAAGAAGCCACAAAAAUCCAAACCAGGAGUCUUCUCCUUCCUGGACCCGCUCGCCUACGAGAUCUGGAUGUGCAUAGUGUUCGCCUACAUCGGCGUCAGCGUCGUGCUGUUCCUCGUCAGCCGCUUCAGCCCGUACGAGUGGCACACCGAGGAGUACGAGGACGGGCAGAUCCAGACCAAUGAGUCGACCAACGAGUUUGGCAUAUUCAACAGCCUGUGGUUCUCUCUCGGAGCCUUCAUGAGACAAGGCUGUGACAUCUCGCCUAGAUCUCUGUCUGGGCGUAUUGUCGGUGGCGUGUGGUGGUUCUUCACUUUAAUCAUCAUCUCCUCUUACACGGCCAACCUGGCUGCUUUCCUCACUGUCGAGAGGAUGGUGUCUCCCAUCGAAAGUGCAGAGGACCUGGCUAAACAGUCUGAGAUAGCCUAUGGCACUCUGGACUCCGGCUCUACUAAAGAGUUUUUUAGGCGCUCCAAAAUUGCCCUCUUUGACAAAAUGUGGACGUACAUGCGCAGCGCGGAGCCCUCUGUGUUUGUGAAAACCACAGCAGAGGGGGUUCUGAGGGUCCGCAAGUCCAAGGGGAAGUACGCCUACCUGCUGGAGUCCACCAUGAACGAGUACAUAGAGCAGCGGAAGCCCUGCGACACCAUGAAGGUGGGAGGCAACCUGGACUCCAAAGGCUACGGGAUCGCCACGCCGAAAGGAUCCUCAUUAAGAAAUGCGGUUAACCUCGCAGUACUAAAACUGAAUGAGCAAGGCCUGUUGGACAAAUUGAAAAACAAAUGGUGGUACGACAAAGGAGAGUGCGGCAGCGGGGGAGGUGAUUCCAAGGAGAAGACGAGCGCCCUCAGCUUGAGCAACGUGGCUGGGGUCUUCUACAUUCUGGUCGGGGGACUCGGCUUGGCCAUGCUGGUGGCCUUGAUCGAGUUCUGUUACAAGUCCCGAGCCGAGGCGAAACGAAUGAAGGUGGCAAAGAAUGCACAGAAUAUUAACCCAACUUCCUCGCAGAAUUCACAGAAUUUUGCAACUUAUAAGGAAGGUUACAACAUGACGUUUGGGGACGCCAUGAGGAAUAAAGCGAGACUCUCCGUCACUGGGAGUACAGGGGAGAAUGGUCGGGUGAUGACUCCAGAGUUUCCUAAAGCUGUCCACGCUGUCCCGUAUGUGAGACCUGACAUGGGACUAAACGUCAGCCUGACAGAUCUGUCCUGAUCAAUGAGAAACUUCUGAGUGCCUUACAAUGGUUUCAAUAGAGCGAUUUCUUUUUUCCCCCCUUUUUCGCGCUCCCUUCCUCCCUUCUUCUGUUCUGGCACUUUUUUCUGUGUCUGUCUGAUGAAAAAUGAAAGGUAGAAGAUGGAGUUUUCAUUUUGUCUCUCCCCAAAAGACUUGUAUUGUUGCUCUCUGUCUCGAAUUCCUCACCAUUUCAAAAGCGCCUCCCUGUCCGGAUGGAAUUACUUGUCGGAAUAUUGAAAGGAGGAUCUUUUUUUUCCUUUUCCCUGAACUGGUGACACCUUGCUUUUCCUAUCAAUUUGUCUGGACUGGACUGAGAUGGAAACGAGGGCUUGAUUGACAGCAAUGGCUGCUUCUGGGAGUCAGAUUUUCAGUCAUCUCAGCUGUGUGUGUAUGUGUGUGUGUGUGUGUCUGAGUGUGCAAGUGUGUAUGUGCGUAUGAAAGGCAUUGGGGGUGUGUGCGUGUCAGGGGAAGAUGUCAUCAAAAACACAAUGUUUCUGUAGCCCUCACCGCCAAACAGGAUUUUCAAGCACACUUGAAACCAUCUGCAUUAAGAUGUGAAAUUGUCCUUCUUCAUUUUUUUUAAGAAAAUCUAAGAAAAAAGUUUAUUGGGAAAAAAAAGUAUUUUUAUGUAUUUUCCCAAAAUAGCUUUUAAAUAAACUUGCUUACAUUCUGGUUGGAUAUAAACAUCUUGAUGUGUGAGUGUAAAGAAAGAAAAAAUACUAAACAGCUUCUAGUUCCAUAUUUCUAAAGCCAAAUACAUUGCAUAUGGGGGGUGAUGAUGUUGAAACCAUGUAAUUAAUUCCUAUUCUGAACUAUCCUGUAUAUUUUAUUCUUUAACAUUUGGUGUUGAUAUAAAAAAUAUGUCAAUGCUUGACAUUUGGAAUCAAUCCUUCUAUGUUCUUUACUUGUUAGAGUUGGUGCAGCGAUUUGUUUUUCUUUUCUUUUCUUUUCUGUUUUGCUUUACACUUUAGUCUCUUCGUUCGCUUCAAGUGCUUUUUUUGCUCUUUGUAUUUUUUCUGUCGAAGACCAGGGUAGAUGUUCUACUUUCAACAGGAAACUAAUCUGUUUACACGCCAUGAAUGCGAAAACAAAAAAACAAAAACAACAAAAAAAGUCUGGUAUGGUGUUAUCGCAUCACAUUUUUUGAAGUGACAUCAAAAAAGAGGCAUCAGCAUCCACGUGGUUUUAACGGGGUGGUUCAAAUAUGCCAAAUAAGUGAGAGUGCCAAAUUCUAGUGCCAGUAGAUAUGAAUAUAGUCUUUAAUAUAAUCAAUCACUGUCAUCUCAGUGAAUGUAAAUGAUACAUUCUGUAACUUUUGUAACUAGAUGUACAGUUGGUGACAAUGACAGUGCUAAUACAAUAGCCUUUUUUUUGCUUUGUUUUCCAGUCUCUCAUGUAAUUUUUUUCUUUUGCAUUGAUCUGACAAUGAAGUAGCACCAGUUGCAUGUUGUUGCCGCAAAUACUACAUAUGUUUUUAUUUCAUUACUGCCAAACAUGCGUUUUCAUUUCAAUGUUGAAGUUGUGAGGUUUACUGUUUGAAGUUGGAAAUACAAUGUUAGACAUAUAUACAAUAUAUACAUAUAUACAUAUAUUUUGUAUAAAAAUUUUAAAUAUGAAAAAUUAUAGCCCCUUUGCAUUAAAUCGUCAAAGCUACUUCCAUUGAAAACUAAAUUUGAUUUCCAUUUAUUUAUAAAAUACAGUGUUUUAUCAGUUGUAUGGUCCUACCAUGAGUUCCACAGAUGAGCACUUCUAACUAUUAUAUAUUUUUUUUCUUUUCCUAAAAUUGACCCACGAAGAGCCCUCCACUGAAGAGGGAGGUAAAUUGUACAAUUAUUAUUCUCACUGUUGUUUUUGUAAUCAACAAUAGAAACAUAUGCUGUUGUUUCAUCGCAUUUUCAGGCUGUUCUCACUGACAUUUUGUAUAUGGAAUGUGUGCUAACUUGUUUAUUUUUUGGGACUCUUUCUAAAUAAAAGUGGCUGAUCUCUUGUUA